UCGUCUCUCUUCCACUCAUCAGUCACCUCUCCCGCGAGCACUACAAACCCAAUCCCCUCCCCUCCCUCCAUCUAGCUAUCUAUCGUCCCAUCUCUCGGGCCUCCUUCCACUCAUCAGUACACCGCCAUGGCCGCCGUGACCGCCGCGGCCGUCUCUCUGUCGUCCUUCCCUGCUGCUGCCAAGGCGGCCGCCUCGACGUCGUCCCCGUCGUCAUGCAGCAUCACGUACCCGCGGCGCAGCGCCGCCCGGGCGGUGCGCGUGCAGGUGUCGACGACGGAGACCGCUGAGGCCGGGGCGGCGCCGGUGAAGACGGAGAAGAUCUCCAAGAAGCAGGACGAGGGUGUGGUGACCAACAAGUACAGGCCCAAGGAGCCCUACGUGGGGAGGUGCCUGCUCAACACCAGGAUCACCGGCGACAAGGCGCCGGGGGAGACGUGGCACAUGGUCUUCAGCACAGAAGGCGAGAUCCCUUACAGAGAAGGGCAGUCCAUUGGCGUCAUCGCCGACGGCGUCGACAAGAACGGCAAGCCGCACAAGCUCAGGCUCUACUCCAUCGCCAGCAGCGCCCUCGGGGAUUUCGGCGACUCCAAGACCGUGUCGCUGUGCGUGAAGAGGCUCGUGUACACCAACGAUCAAGGAGAGAUCGUCAAAGGAGUCUGCUCCAACUACCUAUGUGACCUGAAGCCCGGCGCUGAGGUGAAGAUCACAGGGCCAGUCGGCAAGGAGAUGCUCAUGCCCAAAGACCCCAACGCAACAGUCAUUAUGCUGGCGACGGGUACCGGUAUCGCCCCCUUCCGCUCCUUCUUGUGGAAGAUGUUCUUCGAGAAGCACGACGACUACAAGUACAACGGCCUGGCCUGGCUGUUCUUGGGAGUCCCGACGAGCGACACCCUGCUGUACAAGGAGGAGCUGGAGAAGAUGAAGGAGAUGGCGCCGGACAACUUCCGGCUGGACUUCGCGGUGAGCCGGGAGCAGACGAACGCGGCGGGGGAGAAGAUGUACAUCCAGACGCGGAUGGCCGAGUACAAGGAGGAGCUGUGGGAGCUGCUCAAGAAGGACAACACCUACGUCUACAUGUGCGGGCUCAAGGGGAUGGAGAAGGGCAUCGACGACAUCAUGGUCGACCUCGCAGCCAAGGACGGGAUCGACUGGAUUGAGUACAAGAAGCAGCUCAAGAAGGGCGAGCAAUGGAACGUCGAAGUCUACUAAACCAUCGUGCAUGCAUAUUCUCACUAGCUAGCUAGCACCAUCUUGUAUAUGCUGCAUAUAUAGUACGUACAUACAGGCGCACGUCAGUACAUACACCACAUUAUAUCCAUCAUUUUGUUGUGCCAUGAAUUUGCCUGCCUGCCUUCCUUCCUUCGUAUCAUCCUCCAUCCAUCACUCUACUAGCUAGUAGCUUUUUAACUCAGCUUGCAUCCAUCCAAAUAAUUGGCUCCUCCGAUCGAAUAUUGUUGUACAUAUUUGUUUCAUGGUUACGUUGUCGAUCGAUCCAGACCUCCCUUAGCUUCACUCAUGUAUUUAUUAUUUACUAUUGGUACAUUUUCUCUCCUGAGGCUAUUUUAAUUAUGUUUA